GGUGGCAUUGCGGAUUGAAGUUGGUGUUUGGGUUAUAUUUGUGUUUUUGGUAUUUUAGAUUGUCAUUCGAAUUGUCAUGUCCUAGGUUGUGUUCGAAGGGGGUUUUUUUAGUGAACGAUCUGAUGUGUUUUGGAGAAGAAAACUACGGGGGUAAUAUUAGCAUUUUUAAAGGAAUUUUGUAUGAUGCAGAACCUUUUUUAACUUUUUAGUAUUGCGAUCACAGUAAGGUGUAUGACUGAAACGUUUAUAUACAAGACAAAGGAGUACAUUGAAGUUGCAGAUACCGCAAAGGAUGCCCUUACAGAUGUGACAAACUAUAGACAUGUGGCUGAAGUUUUUCCCUAUUUUCAAAUUUCAUUGUAUAUCUACGAUGCUGGAUGGCUAGUUGAUUGGGAUGGUUACACCAUCGGAUAUUAUGGACGGAUAUUUGAAGCUCGAAACAAGACAAAGGGUGGUUCUUUUGAGGGGGAUGAUAAGGACUUCUACAAAUUCAAAAUAGGUGUCCAACAGGUGAUACCAGCCUUUGAGGAAGCUGUUUCAGGCAUGGCUCUGGGUGGCAUUAGAAGGAUCAUAGUGCCGCCAGAACUAGGAUAUCCAGAGAAUGACUUCAACAAGAGAGGCCCAAGACCAACAACAUUUUCGGGGCAACGAGCCUUGGACUUUGUGCUGAGGAACCAAGGACUUAUAGACAAAACUCUUUUGUUUGAUAUUGAGCUUGUAAAAAUAAUUUCAAACUGA